GCGUCAGCAGGAAAUUAGCGGCGUGACGAACGCACAAAGUGCGCUAUUCAGGCAGACGUUGUUGGAGUUGGCUACCCUGUUUGAAGAGGAGGCGCGUGAGUAUCAUGCCGCUGCACCCCCCUUUGCUGAGGGUUACUGGAGGAAUGCGCAGAAGCGGCAGCGUCUGUUGAGUAGCGGUGGGUCCGAUGAGAGAAGGAAUUUGUGUGGGACUCGUAUGACUUGGAGCAUUGCGGCGGAGUUGCCCCUAUCGGUGGAGCAGGCCUUUUUGCUUCCCUGA